UGACAGGAAACUGCAAAGAACUUGUACACCGAAGAGGGAAACCGCAGCAGCCUGUAGCUUCUCUUUUCCAGGAAGAUCAGAGGUCGACUUCUGCACAAGCAUCCAUGGAUCUCAGUGAGGAGGAGUUUACUCCAUUGAUAUUCAGAGAUCGUGGAGGAAGCCAGAGGUCCAGUUCAAGCACUGGUCCCAGUUUGCAAGUACAUAUCUACUUCUUUCCUCCCACAAAGGAUGCAUUAACAAUAAACAUAACAGGUGGCCGAGUCUCUGCUGAAAAUGUCUGCAUCCAAGCAGCCAAAAAAUGUGGAAUUUUACCAGUUUACCAAAGUCUUUUUGGUUUGGCGUCUGGUGACCUCUCAUUCUGGUAUCCUCCAUCGCACAUGUUCAAAAUGGAAGAAAACGUACAGGUUCACUUCAGAGUCAGGUAUUUCUUUGGAAACUGGUACGGACAGGGACCAAGAAUGUCGUACCGCUACACUCUGACCAGAGACAAAAUCAGUCCUGUACUUGACUACUCAGUCAUUGACUAUCUCUUUGCCCAGGUACGAAGUGACUUUAUCAGCGGUGAGGCAGGAGUUGCUCCGCCUCUGAGUGCUCAAGAAGAAUGCCUGGGCCUUGCAGUACUGGACUUGUGGAGGAUUGCAAAGGAGCAGCAUCAGAGUGUAAGGGAUCUCUGCAAGACAGUCAGCUACAAAUCCUGCCUUCCUAAGUCACACCGCCACGACAUUCAGAAACGGAACCGCUUGGACCGCUAUCGAAUAAAAAACACCCUCAAGCGUUUUCUCAAGAAACUUGGAAACUGCUCAGUGGACGAGUGCAGCUUGAAACUGAAAUACCUGGUCGAACUGGCUGGCAUCGUUCCAACCUUAGGGAAUGAAGUCUACUGUGUGAGCGCUGGUUCUUCCCAUUCCAAUGGAACUUUCACUCACGUGAGGGUCAGCGGGGACACUGGCAUUCAAACCAGUGGAGGUUCUCAGCCUGAUGGUUUCCUGGUGUGGCAAGCCUUCUGUGAUUUUCAGGACAUUGUUUCCAUUAGCAUCAAGAGAAUAUCCCAUGAGCAGGUUCCCCACGACAGCAGGAUGGUGACCAUUUGUCGUCAUGACGACCGAUGCCUGGAAGCCAACUUUCAAAGUCUGAGAGAAGCGCUAUCAUUUGUGUCACUUGUUGAUGGUUACUUCAGACUGACCACAGAUUCCAGCCACUACUUCUGCCAGGACGCAGCCCCCGAAAGUAUUCUGGAAGGUAUCAAAAAUCAUUGCCAUGGUCCAAUCACAUCAGAGUUUGCAGUCGACAAGUUGAAAAAAUCCGGAGGUAAAGGUGGAACAUUCUUACUCCGGCAGAGUCCCAACAUCUUUGAUAAUUUCUUCCUCACAGUCUGUAUUCAGACAUCCCUUGGACUCGAUUAUAAAGACUGUCUCAUCAUUAGGAACGACUGUUACCGUCUUCCUGGUGUUCAGCAGUCCUUUUCCAGUUUGAGAGAGCUCACCAGUUUUUACCAACAACACAAACUGCUGCUGGAUAAUAUUCCAGCCAAACUCGUCCAUUGCUGUCCACCGCGACCUAAAGAGUUUACGAACCUCAUCGUCAUACGCAACAGCAUCUCUGUAGAGGCUCAAGGGUCCCAAACACCUGAGAGAAAUUUUUUUUGUCAUAUCCAGUUCCACAUGAUCAAGUACGAAGACCUAAAAUGGGGUGAAAGCCUUGGACAGGGAUCCUUUACUCGAGUUUUUAAAGGCUCCAAAACAGACAUUCGUGACGGGGAGAAACAUGUGACGGAUGUUUUAUUGAAAGAACUUCAUGGUGUUCACAAGAACUGCUGGGAAUCAUUUUUUGAAGCAGCCAGCAUGAUGAGUCAAAUCUCUCACAAGCACCUGCUCUUGGUUUAUGGCAUCAGUGUCCAUGGAACAAAAAACAUAAUGGUCCAAGAGUUUGUGAAGUAUGGGGCCCUUGACCUUUACCUAAAGAGGGGGAGAGUCGUGUCUGUGAGCUGGAAACUUGAUGUGGCCAAACAGCUUGCAUGUGCUCUCAACUUCCUGGAAGAGAAGAACAUUGUACAUGGAAAUAUCUGUGCAAAAAACCUGCUACUGGCCAGAGAAGGAGACAGCAGCUCUCCUUUCAUUAAGCUUAGCGACCCUGGUAUCAGCGUUGCAAUGAUAAGCAGAGAUGUAAUCCUGGACAGAAUUCCCUGGGUGGCACCCGAGGUACUGGAGGCCCCAGACAACCUGACCCUGGAGUGUGAUAAGUGGAGCUUUGGUGCCACUGUGUGGGAAAUCUUUAACGGCGGCAAUGCUCCGCUGCAUGACUGGGACCUUCAACAGAAGCAGCUGUUUUAUAAGGACUUCCAGCAGCUGGCGCCGUCUCAAUGGACAGAACUGGCUGAGCUGAUCAGCCAGUGUAUGAAUUACAAAGCAGCCUUCAGACCUUCAUGUCGCAGUCUCAUCCGUGACCUCAACGGUCUCAUCACGUCAGACUAUGUCAUACUUCACGCCACUGAGCCUGUCAAAUUGAGUCCGGUGUGUCAAACUUCUAGCUCAUCCCUGCACAACCAGACAUUAUUUGAGGAGCGGCAUCUACGUUUCAUUUCAAUACUGGGAAAGGGAAACUUUGGGAGUGUUGAGCUGUGUCGUUACGACCCACUGGGAGAUGACACAGGUGAGAUGGUUGCUGUCAAGAAGCUGCAGCCCAAUAAGCAUUCAACCCUGGAAGACUUUCGCAAGGAGAUCAGAACCCUAAGCAUGUUGAACUGCGACUAUGUGGUCAAGUACAGAGGGGUCUGCUACAGCACGGGUCGGCUCGAUAUGAGCUUGGUAAUGGAAUACUUACCCCAUGGAAGUCUUAUUGGGUAUCUACAAAACAACAGACCCAGCAUCAACAUCAGGAGGAUGUUACUUUUCGCAUCACAGAUAUGUAAGGGCAUGGCAUACCUGCAGACAUUACGUUAUGUGCACCGAGACCUGGCAGCCAGAAACAUCCUUGUGGCAAGUGAGUCAUUGGUGAAAAUUGCUGACUUUGGACUGACCAAGAUUGUUCCUUUGGACAAGGAGUACUACAGAGUCACACAGCCUAGAGUGAGCCCUGUCUUCUGGUAUGCCCCAGAAUCCAUCAAUGAGUCCAGAUUCUCACAAAAGUCUGAUGUCUGGAGUUUUGGAGUGGUUCUUCAUGAGCUCUUUUCCUACUGCGAUACAAACUCCACUCCCCAAAAACUGUGUAUGCGGGAGCUUGGAAAUAAUGUGCACGGACCAUCCAUUUCAAUGCAUCUUCUAAAUAUCUUCAAGAAUAACUGGAGGUUGCCUCUUCCUCCUAACUGCCCACCAAAGGUUUGCAGUUUGAUGAGUCAGUGCUGGGCUUACAACUUUGAGGAAAGGCCAUGUUUCUCCUUCCUGGAAGAUCAAUUUGAAAGCAUCAUGCAAAAAGGGAGGGAAACCCUGACAAGUUAACUGUGACAGCAUCUUCCACUGCUUAGCAACCUUAAAAAAUGGCACAUGAGGCCAAAGCAACAGGUUCAAAUAAUAUGUUUUGUGUAUUGGUGAUUGUAAUGAAAAAAUGUUUUCCAAAUAAAAAGUUUGUCAUCUUGUAAGAAA